AUGGCCGAGAAAGAUAAGCAGCAGCAGCAGAUCAGCUGGUACACCUGGGGGUGUGCCCUCUUUGCCGCCGUUGGAUCUUUACUUUACGGUAUUGAUUCAGGUAUCGUCUCGACAGUCAUCGCCCAACCAAGAUUUGUCCACUACUUUGAUCCGUUCACUCCCAGUAUCAAGGGUGCCCUCGUCAGCACGUUCGGUGCAGGUUCUGUAUUCGGUGUCUGGUUUGCCGCCUGGAGUGCAGAUGCCAUCGGCCGCAAGAGGACCAUUGCCAUCGCGGCCGCGAUUGCCGUGAUUGCAGGCAUCAUUCAAGCCGCCGCUGUGCACAUCGGUAUGCUCAUCGCUGGGCGCAUCAUCGGUGGCUUCGCUGUCGGUAUCAUGAACGUGACUAUUCCCAUCUACAACUCAGAGAUUGCCCCGCCCGCAAAGCGUGGCAUGAUAGCCGGGCUGCACGCCCAAUUCGUUGGUUUCGGUUUCGCAACUGCUAACUGGGUUGGAUUUGGUUGUUCUUACUCUACCUCCGACUUCCAGUGGCGUUUUCCACUCGCCUUCCAGUGCCUACCCGCCAUCAUCGUCCUGGUCGGUAUCUACUUCUUGCCAUUCUCUCCCCGCUGGCUGCUCGAGAAGGAGCGCGACGACGAGGCAUACGAAGUCAUCAAGCGCCUCCACGGAAACAUUGGUCAUGAUGACACCUUCUUCCGAGCCGAGUUCAGCCAGAUGCGGGAGCAGAUUCGUUUCGAGAAGUCUGUUACCAACAUCGGCUGGGGCGAGGUGUUCAGGACCCCCAGCAACAGGAAGAGGCUACUGCUUGCCGUCCUCGUCCAGGUCUUUACGCAACUCAGUGGUAUCAAUGUCGUCAACUACUACCAGACCGACCUGUACAAGAGCUUGGGCAUGUCGGGCCACAUGCCUACAUUGCUGGCUGGUAUCUACGGUCUGGUCGGCCCUCUUGCCAACUUGAUCUGUCUCUACUACGUCGACAGCUGGGGCCGCAAGAAGACUCUUUGGAUCACAGGCCUCUUCAUGACGCUAGACAUAGCUCUCGUCAUGGGUCUGUCCGGUGGCUAUGGCUCGUCGGAUAACACUGUCGCCAAGGGCUUCACCAUCGCCUUCAUCUUCUGUUUUACCGCCAUUUACUCACUCGGUUACAACUCGAUCCACUACAUCUACGUCCCCGAAAUCAUGACGAUGGCAAUCCGUGCCAAGGGCUCCGCCGUCGCCGUCAUCUGCAACGUCUGCAUCAACAUCAUCUUUAAUCAAGUGUCGCCCAUCGCCUUCAGCGAGGUUGGCUACAAGUACUACUCGCUCUUUAUCUGCACCAACUUUGUCGGCGCCAUCGUCGUCUUUGCCAUCUUCCCCGAGACCAAGGGCAAAUCUCUCGAGGAGAUUGCCCAGAUCUUUGGUGACGAGGUCGUUGUCGCCGACCUGAACCGCGUCCAGGACAAGGUUGGGGAGAACGACGAGGAGCACCAUCAGGCUGAGCAUGCGGACGGCCAGGAGAUUACUCCUCAGCAGCCCAAGACGACGUAA